AGGUCUCGUUUACUUCCAAACACGUCUCUGUUCUUUAUGAUGUCGAAGAGAAGAACACUUUCAUCAAGAGCACUCUCGAUGUUCACCCUCGUCUUCAGCUCCGAGCUCUUCAUAAUGUCAAGGCACAACAAGGAGAAGUUGCUAUGGAGGCAAAUCUGCCUGAACCUGGCUACUCUCUUGAGCUUUCAUCACCCGUUCCUAUUGGUUACCCAAGAGCGACUCUUAAAUUCCCACUUGGCGAAAUUUCGUUACAAGAAAAAGAAGAUGAGGAGGAGGAGAAGCAGAAAAGAACUUUAUCUGUUAACGGGAUCCUCAAACGUCAAGUCAUGAAUGGUGUUUGUACCGCUCUAUACACAGAUGAAGAGUUGAGGCUGAGAUAUGCUUAUAAGGAUGAUGCAUUGUCUUUCAUCCCAAGCAUUUCCCUUCCUUCCAAUGCUGCAUCAUUUGCAUUCAAACGUCGGUUUAGCCCUUCAGAUAAGUUGAGCUAUUGGUACAACUUUGAUUCAAACAUGUGGAGUGCUGUGUACAAACGAACAUAUGGUAAAGACUACAAAUUGAAAGCUGGCUAUGAUUCUGAUGUACGCCUUGGCUGGGCAUCUCUCUGGGUGGGGGAUGAAGCUGGAAAAGUGAAAACUACGCCAAUGAAGAUGAAAGUCCAGUUCAUGCUUCAAGUUCCACAAGAUGACAUCAAAUCAUCAGUCCUGAUGUUCCGAGUCAAGAAAAGAUGGGACAUUUGAUGAAAUCUUUGAAUCAUCUUGUUAGUUUCACUUUCUUAUCUCUCUGUAAAACCCAUAAAAGUUGUUUCUUUCUCCUUAUAUAUCAAUCUUUUGCAAAAAAAUUGUAAGAAGAAGAUACAAAAGAUUAGAGAAUAAUUGCAAUUGUAUUUU